AAACAUAGGGCAACAACUGACGGACUUACACAACCAUAUACACGUCGUUUGGUCAACGUCGUUGAAACACACUUACAAGUUGCAUACAUACUUACGCACACACUUGAACUCCGUUCAGAGUACGUAAAAAAACGUAUCUCGGAAAAGAGAAAGCAUUACAGAUAGGAUCGGGUCACAUAGGAAGAAGAUGACCAAGGAGCGCGCGAGGGUUACAGGAAAAAAACGAAAACAGAGGGAGAUGGGAAGAGGAAGCGGAGAGGGAGGACGAUGGGGAGAAGAAGGUGAGAGCGGGUGGUUAAGGUGGUUCUCCUGGUGAGGAUGGUAAAAGGUAAGCAGCGCGUAUAGCGCGUGCGCUCGUCGGUUAGUCCGAUACACCUAAUACACGCAUACAGGCACAGAUACAGAGGCACGAUGCAAUGGGGGUUAGGAGGCGAAGAGAGGAACGGCGGGGUUAACAUCGGAGGGAGGAUCGCAAACUCUAACGAGGAAGCGAGGAAGCGAGAAAGCGAGGAAGCGAGCGGGGCGAGCGUAAGCGAGAUGGGAUAACAGUUGGAAACGUGAAUGGGGAAGAGUGGAAUAGAGACAGCGAGCUGCGACAGUCGAUGGACAAAGAAGCGAGGAUUCGCGAGGAUCCUUGCGCGGUAUGAGGUUUGCAUGCCUAGCAGACGGCUCCUCAGUAUCGUCCUACGUUCCGCUCGCGACGUGACCCUUUAACUUGGUGUACUGGUCCGCGCGCCAUCCGAACUUGUCUGAUGCGCAUCCGUUCAUCUUCUCGUGUAUACCGGUGUUACCAUUGUUGCACGCGCCACUGUUGCUCGUUGCUCUUCUUUUUUUUUUUUUUCUUUCUCUCUCUCUCCCCCUCUCGUUUUCACGCACCGUUCAGUGAUACGAUCCCGAAGAAGGGCGAAAGUAUUACGUUCGUUUCGUCCCGUCACGGGUGAUGAGUGCCGUUUGUCGUAUCCUUGAACCGUUUCCAUUAGUAGGAAUACCAACAAAGUGAUCGAAGGAGGGUGACACGGAAGAGGGAAAUAUAUUGGAUGUUACGCACAAUCAUGCACAAAAAUUUAUCCAGAAUGGUAUGCCUUGAAAUAAUCAUAUUUUUAUGUUCAAUGGUCACUUUUAUGGUCAGCAAUUGCGAAACAGAGUCAGAAAAUAGUAACAAGAAGGUAAAUUUGCCCUAGCUCCCGUCAGAGUUGGAUUUAUCCAGUCUAGAAGCAUCGGUAGAAAACGAAGAAUCGUUGAGAAAAAUAGUGAAGAGGCUGGCACCGGAGAAGAAUGGCGAGUACCAAAUUUAUCAAGUCUUCUUCGGCAAUGUGGAUCUUCUCAAGGAAUGGCUCAAAGGAGCGGGCGUGACAGGACAGCCCGGAGUAGACUUUCCAGCGCUCACGACAAUUCCAACCACUUCGUUCAGCUGUCGCGGCUUGAAAGGUGGUUACUACGCGGACUUGGAGACAAAUUGUCAAGUAUUCCACAUCUGCGACAAUGGCCGGAAGAUAUCGUUCCUCUGUCCCAACGGUACCAUCUUUCAGCAAUCGCAGUUGAUUUGCGAUUGGUGGUUUAAGGUGGACUGUAGCAAAUCCACCGAGCUGUACGAGCAAAGCAGCGAGCAGCUGUUCGAGGAGGAGAGGAGACGAACCGAGGCGCGAAAAUCGAAAUUCGACUAUCAACAAUCGAUCGAGCAGCAAGAUCGCGGCCAACAAGAUUACUACGACGUUCAAAAUCUUAGCUACGACGGUAAACAGAACGGAAGGAUCAAACCUUACGAGGAGCCUCCCCGAGAGAACCAGCUGCAAUCGAACAGAGAAAGGAUCAAAUCCUCCCGCCAUCUUGACUCCGGCAAUAAUUUCAGCCAGGAAUCGCAAAGAGAUAACGAUCAAUUGUUGGGUGUGAAUGGGUUUCGAUCAUCGAGUCAACCGUCCAACUUGAAGCAACAAUUCGAUCAAUUUACAAGGAGUACCGAGGAAGGGAACGCGAACAAGUAUUCGACCACCGUCAAUCAAGAUUAUUAUACAGCCUCGAAAAAGACUCAAAAUUACUACGUGACAAAUAGAAACUCGAACGCCCAGCGGGACGAUAAAGGAACUCUCAAGAGAUUGAAGUUCAAAGGUAGAGGUAAUUCGACUUCUGCCGCUUCGCAGAGGGUGACCCCGGCUUAUACGGAGUCGACCACGUUCAGAGGAAGUAAUACCAGCCCUGUGAAAGAAUCGCAGCAAUUUGCGGAAAGCGCGGCGUUCGUUGGAAAUCGUGGGAAUCGAUUCAACGAGAACGCUGGAAACACGCAUCACUAUUACUACCAAUUGUAUAUUAAUCGGGGGGAUUCCACCACGAGAAAUCCUGAUCACGACCCGACCACUUCGACCAGCCGGAGGCGGGAUAACGAAAACGACUCGUCCACGGGGAGAAACGAUUACACCCAGUUUACACCCACUUCCACGCGCUAUUACGAGACGACCGCGCAAUACCCGACACCCACUCCAGCGACUACCACUCCAUGCGACGACGAAAUCGCCACGACGGAGGAAAGUAGCCUCUCGACAAAGUCGUUCGCCAAUUUCGAUACCCGACCGACCGAAUCCCUUCAAUUUGCCAAUACCAACUACGAGUAUCGUAGCGGAAGCCAGAGGACUACAGGAACCAACGUUCGAAGCAGCUUCGUCGAUAAAAAUUACUACGAUAUUAACGUUAACAGGGAAUCUAGCAGAUCGACUAGCAACGUAGGAACGAUUCCUCCAACCUCUCGCUCCUACGUGACCACGGAUACUUAUCGCCAAAACACGGUAACACCGAGCCCUCCGCAACAGAGGUACACGACUACCACCACCAAUUAUUACCAGUCGCCUACAUCCACCGCGUCUUUUCGUAGCAAUAAUUUUCCUCGCGGUACAGAGAGACCGGUACUAAACACGAUCGAUAGUCGGUCCAAUGGAUUAAACGGCGAUUCGAAACCUAGCGGCAAGAACCCUUCCACGGUUUCGCCGGGUUAUCGACAAAACUUCGUCACCACCACGGAGAAACCUACGUUCAAGACUACGUCGGUUUCUCAUCAACAAAAUACCGAGAAGGAUCCGAGCCCCUACGAUAGAAGUUUCACGUACAAACAGGGCAAAGUAAUGUCUACCCUGGGCCCUUACGUUCCGUUUACCAGGAAUUACGCGUACACAUCGGCGACAGGCACCGUUUCAAGGCCCACCCUCUACACCCCCACGGUGCCUGCUUAUACCACGGCUUACGAAUCGCCGAAAACUUCCACGCCGAAAUCCACGAGAUAUCCUGCACCGACGAGUAAAAGCAAGACGAACGCAUCGCGAUCCUCCGAGAGGGAGCACGUGUUAAGCAUGCUCCACUCCCUCAAGAAUCUGGAGCACAGUGUGCCCGACGCGUUCAAAGGAAGCGAGAAAGCGAGCAAUGUUUCCGUUCCUCCCCCCGAUCCGUCCACCUUGCACUCUCUGGCGCUCUAUUUUUCCACGGCUACCGAGAACUUCAACUCCAACGAGACUACAGACUCGUCUUUGAACGCAGAAUCGGCGGACGAUGAUGUACAGGGAUCGAUACUUUUCUCGAAGAAAAGUAACGAGACGGUUCAAGUGCCGACCAGCCUUCUCACUCGACAUACCAUCGACUCGUACACGGAAUUGUUCAAAUUGAACGACGCUGUGGAGAUCGGGAACGCGACGAGCACGGAAGAUCGUCUGGAUAACGGGAACGGAGAGGACGACGAUCUGGAGCUUCAACAAAGCGGAGGAUCCUUGGACGAUCUUCGAAAGUCGAACGGUACCAGGCUCAGGGAGUUGGCACAAGUGUUCACGCACGCUUUGUCCGCGUAUUUAUUGGAUCCAGACACGUUCAAGAAGGUCUUGACCGAGAUCAGGCCCACCGAACCAUCUCGAACUACGUUGGAAACCGAUCUGUGGACCACCACCGCUUAUCCUCCGGAGGACGAAGAUAAGGACGGUUCGUUGGACAGGGAAAAGGACGAGGUUUUAGACUUCUCGGACGACAGUAACGAUAUCAGGCAGAAAUUGACCACCGCCUAUCCCACCACUUUCGAACUGCCCAGCACCACGGUACAAGAAAAUCUUUACGAGACCUUGAGCACUAUGCCAAGCACCUAUUACACUACGCCGAGAACAUCCGGCCAAAAUUUCUUCGAAUAUAGUACGAACUUGGUAUCGUUGAAUCCCGUCUCUGGUAACUAUUUCGAGAGUUCCACGCCACCGACAGAGAGCACGUUUACGACAGAGGCGAACAGCACACCGUACGCGAGCGAUUCGAGCGGAUCUUACAAUCGGAAUAACGAGAUAGACGAAGGAAGCGUGGUCGAGUCAACGGACGUCCCGAUGUCUUCCGACGAGAAUCGGAAUCGAGUCGGGGGUUUCCAAAACAACAGCGUCACGACAAUCGCCGAACCGUACACCGAUAGAAUAUCACUCGUCACCACUCCGACGAGCGACAAUUACGUCGUCUCGCCGACACCUUUAUCGCCAUCGAUGUUCAUGCACAUGGUUACCUACAACUGGAACAAGAAAUCGACGAGCAAAAAGCCCGAGCAACAACUCAGUCCUCCGUUGUUCGACGGAAGUCACUCCCCCGUCAAACCGAUUAAAGGAAACGACAAGAUUCCCGCGUCUCCCGACAAUUAUCCCAGCACCCAGACAUCCCAGCACAAGGUGCGCGCGACCACCCUCGCCUCGAUCUCGAACAAUUACGAGACGUCGACCGAGCAACCUUCCUUCAAAAUUCCUCGACACAAAUCGUUGUUGACCGAGGCAAAAGUUGGGGUUUCCCUGCCAACCUCGAGAAACAGUUACACGAAAUUCAGGAAUCUUUACAAUCGCGUGGACGAGCACAACGUGGAGACAACCGAGAGAACGACGCCCACCACGACCAUUUUAACCGAAUUCCCCACAACGACUGUAUCCACCGUCGAGACUACGUCUUAUGCGAACGAUUAUUCCAACGACUCGUUCGAAACCACGAACCAACCUAAGAGGAAAGAAUCCAAAAAAGUAUUGGACAACGAUCAUUGGACCUCGUCACCGGCUGUCACUCAUCUGUGGGAGACCUCCGUGUUCGUCGAUCCUCAAAGGAUCAACUACGAUUUGGAGUCGGAUGUCGAAUCGACGGUGUCGUCGACGGGAACGCAAUUCACCGUGACUGACAGCCGAGAAUACGGGAACACGCCUUCCUUCGAUGACGACACGUUGACCAUUUCGGAAGAAUCGUCGUCCACGGACGACGAGGAUACGUCAAUUUCCGUGCAAAGGUUGUCCAGGGACAAGGAUUCACCGACGACCUUCUCUCUGCUUCCCACUUCGUUCACCGUGGAGAACACGGUGACGCCAAAGCCAUUGAUCACCACACGAUCCAGUAUCACCACCACGAUAACCUCCUCCAUCACGUCGACGAAAUCGUUGCCCGGCCAACAGGGCCUGGUGACUUUGCUUCCUUACACGAGUUCCGUCGCGAGUAAAUCGAACGGGACGGAGGACGAAAUUGCGGAGAAAUUGUUCGGCAAAUUAAACGCUUCGAGCACCGACACGUUGAUGAGAGUGAUGAAACAGGCGGAUAAUAACGAGACCGUUCGACAACUUGUCCUUCUUUUGAUACGGCAUUGCAACGAUCCGGCCAACAACACGUUGCAACGGGAGGAGCUGUUGAACGCUUUGCUCAGAUUGCCCGUGAACGAAUUCUCGUCCGAGGAGUCGAAAAACGUGGUGGCCGAGAUUAAUCGGCUCGAUCUGCCCGCCACCGUUAAAUCGGUUAAUUACGCGAGAAGCGGCUCGACCGCGCCAUUGAUUACCGAGCCGCCCGUGACCACGUUCAGGAGUAGGAAGAGCCGAAAAUUUCGCUCGACCACGGAAAAUUCGGCGAAUGUAGCGAGACGAUCGGAAAAAGGGACGGUAUCGGACGAGAAUAAUUCCCUCCAGGAGGAUGACAGCUUCGCGUCUGACAAUAGGGCGCUUGAACUUCUUAGAUCGUUGUACACUAUAGCUACUAAAUGGGGGUGAAAUUGUACGAUACAAAUUGUGGCGAGGAUCGUUUUACCGUCGACAGGCUUCGAAGAAUAAAUAAAUUCAUUCGUGUUCUUUUUUUUUUUUUUUAAAUUAUUACUCUUGUUGCUAUAUCGUAUUGGUUUGUUUGGAAUCGAUCGAUCGUUCGAAAAUAUAUUGAUCGUGAUGAUAAUUUUCAACGGUUGAUUGAUUUUGAACGGACACAUAGAUGCGUUAGAUAAUCUGAAUUGAUCGAUCUUUCGUUUUCUUCUUAAUCUUGUAUCUUGGUUUAUUUUUGCUCGAUCAAUUUUUUCGAUUCGAUGAAAGAAGGUGAAAUUUCAAUUACGAUACGAUACGAAAUUGGAGGAUUUUUACGGGUGAUGGGAAUACGUAUUUAGUUACUAUACGAUGGAAAUAUCUCUUCUUUAAAUUUUAUACACGCACGGAAUCUUUUCAAAGAAUAAAAGAUAAGAAGUUACGAUUAGUUAGUGAACGACGAAACGACUCCCGAUUAAUUUCGCUUGAAUCGUGCGUCACGGACACAGACCGUGGGAAUAAUGAAAUUCUUUGGAACUCGUUCGUUAGACUGUAAAUUAAUUAUAUAUCUAUUAAUUGCACCUGAUCGUUAACAGUAUUACAUCGCAUAUCGCGAACACUUGUAUCAUAAUCGUUGUACACCCUUUGUUGAAUAAAUAAGGAUUUCGAUGUUCUAUAAUAAAUCCGACAACUUACCCUCCACGCGAAAUAUGGAUAUAUCCACUUAUAUUUAUAUGCGUUGAAAUAGUUUUUGUGGUUUACAAAAAUUUUAAUCAUUACGAGGAAAACUUAUGGAAACUUAUAUCGUAGAAACUUAUAUUGUAUCUUGGAAUCGCUUUAAAUCUUGGUGCUGGUAUGUUUUUUUGCAUCUUAUUUUAAAAGAUAACAACUUCGAAGAUACGAGGCCCUUGAUAAAUAUAAAUGAAUCGUUUGUAAAAUCUUUUUAUUUUAUUUCACUUUAAUAAUUUUAUUAUUUUUCGUUUUAUCCAAUUUUCUAAAAUAAAAUGAUCGAUUCGUAAUAACAUUGAACAACGAUGUCUAUCUCUUUAUUUCAGAUCUAUUAUUUUUUUAAUUGUACUUCGUUUUUAAUAAGUAUUCAAAUCGAUGCUUAUCACACAUUACCGAUCAAUA